AUGGAGUACAAAGCAGCUUGGGCUAUUAAGGAGUUGAACUUCAACCUAAAGACAGCAGGAGAAAGAAGAUUGAUUCAGUUAAAUGAGCUUGAUGAGAUUAGGCAUCUAGCUUAUGAGAAUUCAAAGAUCUAUAAGGAGAGAACCAAAGCUUUCCAUGACCGCAAGAUCAUCCCAAAGAACUUCGGGCCAAACGUCGAAGUUCUACUAUUCAACUCAAGGUUGAAACUCUUUCCGGGAAAGCUUCGCUCAAGAUGGUCAGGACCAUUCAGGAUUAAAGAAGUUCGCCCCUAUGGAGCAGUGCUUUCGUCUGGAGGUGGUUUCAUGUCAUUCGGACCAGCGGUUCAGAAGAUACGACGAUUUUGGUUGGACUCGACCCACCAGCUCGACCGGCCAGUUUCCAACUCGAUCGAGCUGCUUUUCCAGGAGUCAAAGUCAAACCCGAAAAAUGUUGCUUCCCUUUGA